UCUCUAAAUCCCUCUUCUGUUUGCUAAAUCUCACUGUCACUGCUAAAAUCAGAGCAGAUAGAGUCUGCGCAAUGGAAUAAAGUCCUCAAUAUUGAAAUGUGACAUUGCUCUCAACAUCUCACAUCUCUCUGGAUUUCUUUUUUCUCAUUAUUUCUGCUAACAAAUUCAUUUCCAGACUUUGCACUUUUAAGAAGCAAUGGAAAACAUCAACAGUCUUUCAACACAAUUAUUAAAGUGCUGCUUUUGUGAUUUCUUGAAGGUGAAGAUGCACACUGUGUCCUACAUUCAUCUCUUCUACCUUGGCCUGUGUUUGCUUACCUUAACCAAUUCUGCCACUGCUGGCCCAGAGACACUCUGUGGUGCUGAGCUGGUUGAUGCUCUCCAGUUCGUUUGUGGAGACAGAGGCUUUUAUUUCAGUAAGCCAACAGGGUAUGGAUCCAGCAGUAGACGUUUACACCACAAGGGAAUAGUGGAUGAAUGCUGCUUCCAGAGCUGUGACCUGAGGAGGCUGGAAAUGUACUGCGCUCCUAUCAAGCCACCCAAAUCUGCACGCUCUGUACGUGCUCAGCGCCACACUGAUAUGCCAAAAGCACAAAGGGAAGUGCAUUUGAAGAAUACAAGUAGAGGGAACACAGGAAACAGGAACUACAGAAUGUAAGAAAAUGCCAUCCACAAGAAUGAAGAAUGAAUGUGCCAUCUGCAGGACACUUCACUGUAAAUAAAUUAUUUGUUAAACAUUGGAAGACUUAAAAACUAUAGUUCAUAAGCUUGAUGAAAUCUCAACCAAUGGGCAUUCUCCCAAUAAACAAUGCAAGUAAACAUUCCAACAUCAAGUCUUUAGAGAGCAGAAUGUUAUAAACCAACCCAGUACUAAAAAUGUUCUGAGGUUGGUACAAUGCUGCUUGAUUAUUAACCUGUUAUAAAUGUCCUGCACGAAAACUCUUAAAAUCCUGUGCCCCUCAAAAGCCUGCAAAUUUAUGGGCCUUUGAUGGAUCCAAUUGCACUAAAUUAACCUAUGAACCCUGGCCGCUGGAGUCAUUCAUCAGCCUUGGCUUAGAGUUGGGGUUCCGUUUUGUUUGGUCUUUUUUUUUUUUUUGCACUUCUAUACAAGAACAGGCUGUUUGUUUUACAGUGUCUGAUAACUUUGUUUGUCUACCCCUUUCAUAUUUGCACAGUCUGAUAUUCCCAGUAGCAGCAGCAGUAAAGUAACACAACUUUUAGACAUCCAUUUAUUCCAUCUGUGGUAUUUUGACAGCAUAUGGGUUAAAUACAUUUAAGACAAAGCUUUAUUUUUCCACAUCUUGCUCAGAUGCAAAUAGUUGCAACCUGUGAGGCAAAUGAUUGUUAGAAGCAGUUAAAGCAUAUGUAGGCUAUUAGACCAUCAAUGAUUGUUUCAGGUAAAUUGUUUUGCAACAGUAUAAAUAAUGUUUUUUUCUUCCAUAUAAUGCAGUAUGUAAAAUUUAGCAUAUCAAUAAUACACAUAUAUCAAACAGUAUGUAAAAUUCUCUUUUAUAGUACAAUGGUGCUAUUUUAUAAUCUAUUAUAUGAAAGGGUCCGGCCAAACCCGUAAAAGGUAAAAAGCAAAGUAGAAAAUUAAGCCAAAGAUGAAAUAAAAGAAAGUAGGUUAAAAAAACACAAGUAUUUUUUUUAAAGACUCAGUGCUUUAGAUUCUUAUUUCAAAAUUGUUUCUCACUUUCAUAAGAAAAUAAAGAUGUGACGUUCCAGUAGUUUCCUUUUUGAGAUUUGGAUUCUAGUAUUUAUAGUAACACAUGAAUGCAGUUACAGUAAUUCUGAACACAAACAUAUACACACAGGCCCACUGGAGUAAAUAGAAAAACGUCGACAGUCUUCAAUGAGUAGGAUCAGGCCCUAAAUCCUUAAGAAACAUUAGUAUUCUGCGCUUAUAACAGGGGGUUAAUCAUACUCCUAUUUCUUCCCACACCUCUAUGCAACUAAACUGAGUGUUAAUUAUACUGCAGCAUCCCUCUGUAAAUCAGAAAGGCUAACCUGAUCAUCAGUUACAAACACAGGAGAAACAAUCUGCAGGGAGAAGUGGACAGAGCAGUUCUUUAGACUGUAACUUUGUACCUUUUAUACACUCAGAUACCUUGGUGAUGGAGGAAUAAGAUUAUAUGUUUCUAAUCGGUGCCAUUUCACAGAACCUUGAUAUGUGACGCUCUGAUUCAAAGCUAAAACAGCUCUGUACUAAAGGGUGAUGUGGAACGACCACUGUUGCCGAGGGAGCACCAGAAUGACCUACUAUGGGGAGGAGUACACACAACGCUACACCCCUUCAAGGUGUGCAACGUAGUUCUACUCUCUGCAUCUGGACAGCUCUGCACUCUCCACUCCUUAGUAAAUUUUAAAGUGUUAAAUUUAAAUUACUAAAUUUCAGGAAAUAUCCUGACCUUCUAAAAUUUGAUACAAAAUAAGACUUUCAAUUACUACAUAGAAUUUCACUGAAGUUUAAAAGAAAAGAGAGAGCUAAACUUGACUGUUGACUAACAAGCAGUGCAAAAAGGGUUCAAUCUUUCACAUACUGAAGUCAAUAUGGUUUUCGCUAUUUAUUUCAAUGGUAGCAAGAUUUGAGCCCAGAUUCAAUCAUAAUUAGCACUAACCAUUAACAGUUUUGAAAGGAUAGCAGAACUAAAUGCUCUGCACAGCUGUAAAAUUGUACAUAUAGAGUGAAAUUCACACCUGUGAGGAGGGUCUGAACAAGGCUUAUUAUUAUUAUUUGCAUUAUGGCAUAAACAAGAACCACCAUCAGAGAACACGGUCAUAUUGUGUGGUACUAGCUCACAAAUGUAAUAAAAAAGACAGUCCCUGCCCAAGAGACCAUACAGCCUACAUGUGUCUGUAAGACUUAUGGUCCAUAGGCCUUGCAUGGGCCUUAGGCAGGAGUGAAUUUCAUCCAUAAGCAGUAGCCAUUUUCAGAUUGUCCCUUCUGUUGAUGAUUGGUAUGUAUGCAUGAAGCCUCUGCUAUGCCAAGUACAAUGGCUCAAUGACCCCUCAAUUUCAACAAGUAAGUGCAUCACAACUCAAGUUCAGAAACGAAUAUGUAGCAAUUUGCUUUACCUUUUACCGAUUUGGCCAACAAUGCCGAAGUGGUGCUAUUGUUUUGUUUAAGAAAGUACUUGACUAAAAUAUAAAAGAAAGCAUAUAAAUAUUUUUUUAAAGUAUGAAAAUGACAAUUAUAUAGAUAAGCUUAUUGAAAUAGAAAUGUCGAGCCAUAACUUUUCAAUUUUUUAAUCACAAAAAAGUCAUGAAGAAAUCUGCUAAAUGAUCAGGAUAGGGCCAGGGUAAGGGCUUUCAAACACAAUACAAUUAUCAACAUUUUAUUCUAAAUGGGUAUUACAGAUGAAGGAAAGCAUUUAAAGUCAUGAGACCAUGAGUCUGAUUCAAAGCUCACUGAAGUCAAUGGAAGGUCCCAUAUCAUUGAAAUCAGUGGUGGGUUCUGCUUCUAGUCAGUGUGACAUGAUAUAGUCCAGGUUCUAAUUCAGGGGAAUGAUUAACACUCCCUAUUUCUCCUGCUUAGCCCUCCAUCCUCCACUAUUAGCCCCAAGCAAUACAAUAAGGUUUUUGCUUGUACAGAAAGUAAUGCAAAGCACUGUCUCAGAUCGUGGUGGGAAAUGAAGAAAAAGCAGUGCCAAUGAAAAACAGGUUAUCUUCUAAUACUGAGUAAUUCUGAGUUGUGAGAAACAGUUGAAAGAUAUGGCUAAUAGUCUGUGAAUUUUUUUUAACUUUAUAUGGUCACUAUGGACAACUUAAUGUGCAUAAAAUGACAGUUCAUUGUUUUAUUAUUUUUUGAAUGGAGAGUUAGUAAGUUAAACCCAAAUAGAGAUUCUUUGAACCUAUAGGCUAGAAUACUUAUGUUAUAAUCCGUCUAUUUAAAAUUAUUUUAAAGUUAUUUUUAGUCUGAAAAGGAAUUUUGAUAAUUUAUUAGGGAUUCAACCUGUGUAGCUGGUUACUCUUUUAGGAACACUUCUUCAAUUCAAACAAAUCUUCAAGAUGCCGAAGUUUCACUCAAACAGACUUUUCUAUUGUUAUUUUUUCAAAUGGCAAAUCUAGCUAAAAUGCCUUUGCAUCAUUGUUUUGGUUUUUUAAAGGAUUUUUUUCACAAAUUGACAAAAUAUCUAAAUCUCCCUUGUCAAGACUCCUCACCAAUUAUCCAUUUUACCUGUGGAAAUACCAUAAAGUAAAGCAAAUGGAUCAAAGUUCUGUCUUGAAAGAGAAAAAAAUCAUAAAUGCAAUUUUUUGUUCAUUUUAAUCCUACACUACACGUUUUGCUUGUCACAGCAUUGUAAUAUUUUACAGGACGAUCAUUGUCCAACACAAUAUCUGAUAUAUACACAUCUUUUGUUUGAUUUUUACAUGAAGGAGGUUAUAAUAUCUAAAACUUGAUUACAUAUAGUACAGUAUAGAUACCAGUCUGACAGAGACAAAAACAAGGACCUCCCUGAUGCUUACAUUACAUUAGGAAGUCCCAUACUGGUUGCAUAAAGGGUGUAUAUUGUGCUUUUUAAAAACAUCUGCAGUGAAAUUUGACCUACAACAUAUUAAAUUUUUCUUCUCUGCUUCUUACACAUUUUUCUCAUGAAUUUCUUCCAUGUUUCUUCCAACUUCAGGACAAGAUUUUAAAAUAUGAGUGGCUAAAGAUAGAUCUAACAUCCAUAUUUAGGCCUCUAAAUAGAUGGCCAGAUUUGCAAAAAUGUUGUGAACUUAUAGACCCUAUUGAAAAAAUCAAGAAAACCUAUUUUGGUGCCUAAGUAUGGAUUUAAGACCCUAACUUUAGGCACCCAGUUUAGAAAAUAUUGGCCUAAGUGUUUUCUUUCAUUUCAUCCUUCAUUACAUACCAUUUUUACAAAAAUUGUUCAAGUCUCCUUCUUGACAUAGGAACAAAGGUUGUUAUAAAAUGGGGAGAGUUUGGAUCUCAGUCAUUUAUUGUCAUCUGAAUUAUGCCUAUGUCAGCUACAUAAGCUUUAUAAAUGGACUUAAUACUUCUCUAAGAUUUCAUACCUUCCAGUCACACAGACAAAUAUUCAAAAAGUGGAAAGGACUUUUUUUUUUUAGCACCAGUUUCUAAUCUGUGGCUCAUACAUUUCAUGAUAAUCACUAAUAUGAUACUUCCGCUGCUACCCACUGUUUCCCGGAAGCAUACACUAAAUAUACUUGUAAAAAUCUGCAUCUAUGUAAAACCUCUACAUAGUAUUUGAUUGAAAGCUUUUUCUAACAAAUACACAGCAUCAAUCCAGUUAAGAAAGAGAUUCAGAUGGUUUCACACUUUGCUUUGGUUAAGAAUAGUUGAUAAAAUACAAUAAGACUCAGUGUCUUUUAUUUUAAUUCAAUAAUACAAUUUCAUUAUCCUCCCACCCCACAAUCAGCACAAAACAAAUGCAGAAUUGAAAGAAUUUCUAUAUUGGUAACACUUUAAAAUUAAUGUCAUGCUUAAUAUACUUCGUGAAUUAAAGAAAAAUUGUAUCCAGAAAACUAUAAUUAGAGCUGAUUUUUGCAUCAAAUUUAUAUUUGAUAAUGGGAUAUUACCCUGAUGAGUUUUAAAUGUAAAUAAGUGUUUCAUUACUUUAAUUUAUUAAGCACACUUUGCUAUUAUAGGAUAUAAUUCCACCUUGUGCAAAGGCCCAGUAUAGGGGCCCACGCAUCACUUAAGAACUUUUUUGUGGAUUUAAGUCGCACUGUAAAGCCCAUGCUGGCUAAGUACACAGGGGUGAAUUUUAUCCUUAAUGAUUUGGUACUUUACUGUAAUAAAUUAAUCCUUCAAAUUAACAUAGAUCUAAGUAUUCCACCUGAAUUAUGUUUUAAUUGAGCAUUAUUUCCACUAAGUGAGGAGCUUGCAUAAAAUAGAAAUAUGCAAACUACCUAAUAUCGCUCAGUGAAUGAAAACAGCGUAUACUUUGAUUUAUGAAGAACUUGUACAAUUGAAAUAUAUAGGAGUGCAGCAAAAGAUCCAAUAAUGAUUGUGAUGAAUUUAUAAUAAAUCACAAUAGUUAUCUGAUUAAACUCAAUGUAAUCAAACAAGAGUUAUAAAGUGGCCUGUUGGUAUAUAUCAGCAUUCUGAAUGUGCUUUCACUGACACAGAAUUCAUUAGCUGUCAAAUAGACUAUGUUGCUUUCAUCAUAAUGUGAUGUUUCUGUUUUACAUAGUUCUAGUAGUCUUUGGGGUUGUGCAUUAAAGACGCUGUUAGCAUAAAGCCUCAUGAUUUUACGAAACAAAGUUAAAUUAUGGAAGCAGCAUCACUAGCCAUCUUGCUAUUGCUAUUCAAAUCAUAUGCACUCUUUCUGUCUCCCUAGCUGUCUGUAAGACCACCCAGAAGUGCUAAAUGCUGAGAUUAAUAGCACUUAGUUCUAAGGAGGUCACUUUUUCCACAGAGAAAUAUUAACGGAUCUGUCUUUAUUCAUUGUUAGACUUUAAUUGAUAUCCUGAAUAAGCCUGGGUUUACAUGAUGCAGGCACGAAUAUGGACACUUGAAUUUCUGAUUAUCACUACUGAAUAAUGCUAGUUUUAACAGUACAAAUCAUUAUAACCCAACAGUGAUGAGUGUUAUAUGUUCACUUUCAACCCCGUAAACUUCCUACUAAACCUCUAACUGGAUUCAUUCCUUUUUAUUAUCCUGUGCUUACACACAAUGUGAUGUCACUACUUGAUGACAAAUAAUAUUUCAUACUGUGUAUGUAACAUCAUUGUGUUGCAGAACCCCCCAAAUACCUCAACAAUGUCAUUUGUUGCACUAUUCUCCCCAUUUAGCACUGAUAGGUUUCUAGUAACAAACAUCAAGGCCAAGGAAAGGAGCUUUUAAUAUGUACAAAUAUAAAAGCUAAUCAAGGAUUCUUGCUAGUUUGCAGUUCAUGUAAUGCCAUUUUAGCCAUUUUCUUCCCCCCUCUCUCUACAAACUAUCUAAAUCAGUAAACAUUGUUCCAUAAAUGAUAGUGUAUCCAGGCUUCUAAAGGCUUUUAUAUGCAUUAUGGUAGGUCCAAAGAUUGAAAGAGCUAGCUGACUGAUUUUCACUUUUAUCUACUUUGAUUUCAGUAAAGGGCUCUGUCAUUCUGUAUACAUAAAGACUAAUGCACCCUUUGGUUUGUAGAAUGUACUGAAAUAUUUGCAACCCUCUUGGUAUCAGGUCCAAAAUGUGAAGCAUUACUGUAAGAGGGUAUCUUUCUAAUGUAUUUGUAUGUAUAGUUUACACCUCUGUGAGGUCUAAUAAAGGAUAAUGGUUAA